CUUUAACUUUUACCAAAGUAUUUUUAUGAUAAGAUACUUGUACUUUUACUCAAGUAUCAAUUUGAGGUACUUUCUACAACACUGUAAAACAGUUUAUGAGUUAAAACCAGACCUCCAACAUCUCUUUACUUCCCUAAAACUGAUUUUUAUAAUUAUGAACAUGAAUUAAUCUGAAACAGAGGAUCAGAGUUAGAUUGGAUGAAAAAUAAAAACUGUUUUUACAGAGUCUGUGCUGUUAGUGGUCUGUAGCGCCCCCCACAGGACAGCACAGGUGAGCAGGUCUUCUUUAGUGUCAGGAGCACAAAUGUUCAUCAUUUAAUCUCAGUUUAAACUGCUUCAAUUAAUCUGAGCUUCCAAACAGGAAGUGCAGUCCACAGAACCCUGUGGUACCAUCAGAACCUCCUGCUUUGAUCCAACAGGCUGCUUACCUUUGACUCUGUGGUUCUACCUGCUGCCCCCCAUCACCUUCUGGUUCUGUCUCCAGACCCACCGGGACCACCAGAACAGUUCUGAGAUGGUUGUGUUUAUUUUCACUGACAGGGGCAGAACAUUUCAGGCUGGGUUCUCCUUUAAGUGGACCAGAACCACAGAGUGACAGUUGUACUUGUGCUGAGGUGACACUCAGACCUGGACCUCAGGUCCGCAGGUUCUGGACRUCACCUUGUCCCUGUGGAAAAUCAGGCCCGGGACAAAGGGAACACUUAGAGCAGGAUUCCACAGGCUGCCAUCAGAUGUCGGUCCUUAUCUCGCCACGUGUCUGUGGGGACGAGGAGCUGCUGGACGGGCCUGGGCCCGUCAGAACCUUGUAUGGCCAUGGAGCUGCUGGGAGAGGGGAGAUAAGCAGGACCGGGACACGAUGUGACCAGCGAGGUGUUUCUGUUAAAUUUAGAGUCUUAUCAGGACCGACUGUCCCCCCACAGAACUGUCUGUUCCUACUGCUGCAUCAGGACCACAGGACCAGAGGACCACAGGACCACAGGACCACAGGACACAGAGAGGGUGGAUCUGAAGAGUCAUGAUGAGUCAAACUGGGACUUUGUUGCUGUUUUCCACCCAUCAGGUACUUUUCUUUUUGACCAUCAUCUCUGCUGAGUUUCCGUUUCCAGCCUCAGGAGGCUCRACUCUGCCUCUAAAGACCAACAGCACUGGCAGCAACCAGACUCAGUGYGGUGGCAGUACCGACUGCAUCGAAGGCGUCAUCCUGCCCGUGUGGAAGCCUUUAAACCCGACCUUCACAGACCGCCUGGCCAGAGCCACCAUCUACUUUGUGGGAAUGGCCUACAUGUUCCUAGGUGUCUCCAUCAUCGCUGAUCGUUUCAUGGCAUCCAUCGAAGUGAUCACCUCCCAGGAGAGAAAGAUCACCAUAAAGAAACCAAAUGGUGAAAAAGUCACCACGACUGUUCGGGUUUGGAAUGAGACCGUGUCCAACCUGACCCUGAUGGCGCUGGGCUCGUCUGCUCCAGAGAUCCUCCUGUCGGUGGUGGAGGUCUGUGGUCACAACUUUAACGCCGGUGAGCUGGGUCCCAACACCAUUGUAGGAAGCGCUGCCUUCAACAUGUUCGUCAUCAUCGGCCUGUGUGUCUCCGUCAUCCCCGAUGGAGAGACUAGGAAGGUCAAACAUCUGCGGGUGUUCUUUGUCACCGCCACCUGGAGUGUGUUUGCUUACACCUGGCUCUACCUGAUCCUGGCCGUCUUUUCUCCAGGGGUUGUGGAGAUAUGGGAGGGGCUUCUCACUCUCUUCUUCUUCCCCAUUUGUGUUGGGUUGGCUUACGUGGCUGACCGCAGACUUCUCUUCUACAAAUACGUCUACAAACGAUACCGAGCUGGGAAGCAGAAAGGAAUGAUUAUAGAGACUGAAGGAGAGCCCRAGCUGUCGCCCAAGGUCAACGUGGAAAUGGGAGGAAAAGUCUUCAACCUUCACGGUGAAGAAGUGUUGGACGGAGAGACCAGGUCUGAGGAGGAGGACGCCUGCAGGGAGAUGGCCAGGAUCCUGAAGGAGCUGAAACAGAAACAUCCAGAGAAGGAGAUGGAGCAGCUGAUGGAGCUCGCUAAUUAUCACGUUUUAAACCAGCAGCAGAAGAGUAGGGCCUUCUACCGCUGCCAGACCACCAGGAUCCUGACCGGAGCRGGCAAUGUUCUGAAGAAACAUGCUGCUGACCAGGCUAAGAGAACCGCCCAGCACGACAUCUGGUCCGAGGUGUCGGUGGACAGCUUCUCCUCCAAGGUCUUCUUUGAUCCGGGAUCCUACCAAUGUCUGGAGAACUGUGGCAGUGUGGCCCUUAACGUGGUCCGGAGAGGUGGCAAUCUAACCACCACGGUCUCCGUCAAGUACCGGACUGAGGAUGGGACGGCCAACGCCGGCUCAGACUACCAGUUUAUCGAGGGGACGGUCGUCUUCAAACCAGGCGAGACGGAGAAGGAGAUCCAUGUCGAUAUCAUCGAUGAUGACAUCUUUGAAGAGGAYGAGCACUUCCUGGUUCAUCUCAGCGACGUGACGGUCCAAUCAGAUGAGGCGAUGAGUCACCAGACCAACCACGUCGACGGUGGGGUGGGUUUAGGGUUGCCGUGCACGGCCACUGUCACCAUCUUCGACGAUGACCACGCUGGGAUCUUCACCUUUGAGGAGCCCCUGGUGACUGUAAGCGAGAGCAUCGGGGUGAUGGAGGUAAAGGUGGUGAGGAACUCAGGAGCGCGCGGCGUCGUGAUGGUCCCRUACAAAACCAUUGAGGGGACGGCAAAGGGAGGGGGCGAGGACUUCGAAGAUGCCUACGGAGUUCUGGAGUUUGACAACGACGAGAUCUUUAAAAUAAUUCAGAUCCAAAUAAUCGAUGAUGAGGAAUACGAGAAGAACAAGAACUUCUUCCUAGAAAUCGGGGAGCCUCAGCUGCUGGAGAUGAGUGAACGGAAAGCUCUGUUGCUUCAGGAAGUGGGUGGAUUCAUCAAGACAGACAAACAGCUGUUUGGCAGAGACAUCUACAGGAAGGUCCAGGGCAGAGACCGCCCCACCCCCUCAGCUGUCAUCAGCAUCACAGAUGGGUUGUGUGAGGACAUUUUGACGAAGAAGGAGAAAGAGGAGCGGAGGAUAGCAGAGAUGGGAAGACCGGUCUUGGGUGAACAUGUCCGUCUGGAGGUGCUGGUCCAGGAGUCUUAUGAGUUCAAGAACAUGGUGGAUAAACUCAUCAAGAAGACCAACCUGGCUCUGGUGAUUGGGACCAACACCUGGAGGGAGCAGUUUGUAGAGGCCAUUACUGUCAGCUCAGGUGAUGAUGAUGAUGAAGAUGGUGAAAAGGUCCCCUCCUGUUUCGAUUACAUCAUGCACUUCCUCACUGUCUUCUGGAAGCUUCUGUUCGCCUUCGUUCCUCCCACUGACUACUGGAACGGCUGGGCCUGCUUCGUCAUCUCCAUCUUUGUCAUUGGUCUCCUGACCGCCGUCAUCGGGGACUUGGCGUCUCACUUUGGCUGCACCGUCGGCCUCAAAGACUCCGUCACUGCGGUAGUGUUUGUUGCUUUGGGCACUUCAGUUCCAGACACCUUCGCCAGUAAAGUGGCAGCCAUCCAGGACCAGUACGCCGACGCUUCCAUCGGGAAUGUGACAGGAAGUAACGCGGUUAAUGUCUUCCUGGGAAUCGGAGUGGCGUGGUCCAUCGCUGCCGUCUACCACUACACUCAGGGCCAGGAGUUCAGGGUGAACCCAGGAACACUGGCCUUCUCUGUCACGCUCUUCACCAUCUUUGCCUUCAUCUGCAUCGGUGUCCUGAUUUACCGCCGCAGACCUUCGAUCGGCGGGGAACUGGGUGGUCCACGGGUCCCUAAGUUUCUGACAAGCUGCCUGUUCUUCAGCCUGUGGCUGAUGUAUAUCGUCUUCUCCUCGCUGGAGGCCUACUGCCACGUGAAGGGCUUCUAGUUCUGCUCACAUGGACCCUGUCAGGUUCUAAAGAACUCCAGCUGGUUCUGUUGGACCAGAUUCCUACCAUGUGUUCUAUCUGUGAGGGUGGGUAGAAGGUCUGACAAAUUCGGGUUCUGAAAGGUUCUGAUUGUUCAAAAGAAGUUUGAUGUGAUAAAUUUGAGUUUUUCUUAAGAAUGAAUAAAAAAUUCUGGCGGACUCUGGUGAGUCCAGAUCAACACA